AUGGACCGCUGGGUCAAUCAGGCUGCAGUCGCAGCGCACGUCUCCGAGGACUGCAUCCGAGGGGGACUCCGGGACGCGAAGCUGGUGUUGUUGCAGAUCAUCACGGCUCAACUGACUGCUGAAGAAAAGUGGUUGAAGGCAGACAGGCAGGCUGUGGAGACCAAGCUUCUCGAGUUGUUGUUGCAAUUGCGUGCAUCGCAAGCCCCCGCCGCAGCGCCGGACAGCUCACCAUUGUUCCAGCAGCUUGUGCGCCAUGCUGGGCUAGAAAUGCAGGACGAGGCACUGAAGACCGUCCGGAGGCCCAUGUCGCAGAGUGCCAGAGCAUUUCUCCUGGACGAGAUGUAUGGAUAUCCCAGCAGUGCGGCGCAGUUGCCCCUUCAGGGUGCGGGAAGUUUUCACGUGGUGAUUUGUGGAAUUGGCGUUUGUGGCCUGGCAGUUGCGAUUCGACUCAAAAAGGCUGGCGUUCCAUUCACGGUCUUGGAGAGCAGUGAGGGCAUUGGUGGAACAUGGCACCACAAUGUGUAUCCAAAUGUUGGCUGCGACACGCCUAGCCAUGUGUACAGUUUCUCAUCGGAUCCCAACGCAGACUGGACGCGCUACUUUGCCAAAGGCCAUGAGAACAACGAGUACCUCAACAGGUUGGCAGACAAAUACGAGGUCACGAAGCAUGUGUUGUUUGGACAUUCGGUAGACUCUGCGACUUUCGAUUCUUCUUCCGGCUGCUGGUCAGUUGCUUUCCAUCGGAAGGACGGAAGUAAAGGCCUGAUGGCAGCGAAUGUCUACGUGUCCGCGGUUGGGAUGCUCUCCAUGCCCAAGAUCCCACACGUCGCCGGGCGCGAGGACUUCGAGGGGAAGCAGUGUCACACCGCACGCUGGGAUGGCGAGGUUUCUUUUGUGGGCAAACACGUCGCAAUCGUGGGGAGCGGCGCUUCCUGCAUGCAAGUUGCCCCUACUCUUGCAGCGGUUGCAAGCCACGUCACGAUCUUUCAGGGAACUCCCCAGUGGUGCAGCAGGAUCCCGAACUACAAAUGGGAGAUACCCGAGGGGGAGCGGUGGUGCUUUGCAAACUUGCCUUUCUACGAGAGGUGGUAUCGUUUUCAAUUGCUGGCACAUUUCACCGACAUCUAUGAAGAAAUGAUGACCGCGGAAUCUGCCGAGAACACGUCACUCUGGCAGUCGCUCAAGGCGUACUACGAAGAUCAACUGGCAGAGCACCCAGAUCUCCUCAAGAAGGCACUUCCCGACUACCCUCCUGCUUGCACCCGCCUCUUGGUGGACAACGGCUGGUUCGAGCUGCUGAAGCGGAAGAACGUGACGCUGAUCAACUCCCACGUGUCGCGCGUUCAAUCCAAGAGCGUGGUCGCAGAGAAUCCAGGAGAGGUCGCAGCAGAUGUGGACAUCAUCGUUUGGGCGACCGGCUUCCGAUCUACCGAAUUCUGCUUGGCGGCCAUGAAGAUCUUCGGACGCGACGGGCUUGCGCUCCAGGACUUCUGGGGUCGGGAGCCCUCGGCUUACCUUGGCGUGUCCGUGCCGCGCUUCCCCAACUUCUUCAUGACCUACGGCCCGAACUCCAAUGUGGCUGCGGGGGGAAGCAUCGUCUGGGUUGCAGAGAACCAGGCAACGCACUUUUCGGUACGUCAACAUUGA